GAGAAGAAAAGACCGUCAUCAUGAAAGGGCAUAACCAAAAAUACCCUAACCACACGAAUAUUCUUCUUCUCUCCGACACAAAUAAGAUCUACACUCUUCUUCUUCAAUCAUCAUCAUCAUGGUUCUUCAGCACAGAGAUCUCGACCUUCUCCUUUCUUCCCAUUUAAUCGACCAUCCCAGAGGAGAUGGUGCCAAAUCUCAUUCGAUUUCAAUUGAAAAAAAGAUUGAGUUCCUUGAAAGCUUCACUGGAAAGGUCACAAAUCGAAGAUCUCGUAGGUGGUUAAAUGACCGCCUCUUGAUGGAACUAGUGCCGCGUUUAAAUGCAGAGGAAAUUAGAGGCUUGUUUGCUCCACCACCUUGGGGUGAUGAAGUUCCACCUUCAACAUUUUCCAUGACUAAUGUGGAGGAGUGGGACAGAUUCAGGAAUAUAGACAUGGACAAAGAGGUUAAUAUUAUUCAUGCCUUUGAAAAAUCUUUAGAAAAGAAGGAAGGUCGCAUUGAUGCUGACAAGAUGGAAGUGUUGAAUGGUUGGCGUAGAGUUGGUUGUAGAACAAGAGAUGCACUUCGCCGCAGCUCUCUUUUUGAACUCGUCGAGGGUUAUGAGGAAUGUCUACGGGCCUUCAUAACUGAAAGCACAGAUGGAGAUGUUCUUGAGCUAAAAAUUAAGGAUCCUUUUCAUAGAUUGUUGCUGCAUGGAGUUUGCGAGUUCUACAAUCUGGCAUCAGACACGGUGUCGGAUUUGAAUGGCACUGAGGCGUCGAAGUUAACCAAGAUACAGAAAAAGAAAAAGGGUUCUCCUGAGCUCCCAAAGAUCACUCUGUCUCAUUUCCUGAGAAUGUCGAAGGACGGAAGUUGGUAGUUUGUUGGGGCAGCAGAAGUGUUGUCCAUUGUCCAUACAAUAAAUCCCCUGCCUAUGUAUACCAGGGAUGAACAAUGUUCAAAAUGUAGUUUAUUUUAUUUAAAAAAUUUCACUGUAAAUUAGUUCUACAACCUGUAUUUUUAAUUGGUUGAUACCAUCAGUCAACAAUAAAUUGUUGAUCGUUGGUUUGUUGUAGCUUAUGAAAUAAGAUUUUAAUAAUUAUCACAAGUUUCGGUUAUCAGAUAUGUGUAUCUAUCUGCAUGAUGCAUAUCAGCAUAUCUAUUUAUUUUUUUAAAAGUAAAAUACAAUAUUUAAAUUAUCAUCUCGAAAA